CAUUUGCACGUCGUUUGGUAAAGAAAAACUACGCGAACAAGAAGGAACAUUUCAGCGCAUUACAACACAGCAUUUGGUGGCGUAAAAGAUCACCAACUCCGCCGUUCAAUGGACAUGGAGCCGUGCGCGGAGUUUAAGAUGGAGUCAUUGGAGAGCUUCGAGCCACUGGUUAAUCCCAUCCGGCAGUAUCGCAAUCGUUCGAAGCGUACCCUGAAGACGGGUGAAGAGAAACUGGCUGAAGUGCUGGCUAAAAUAGCAUCCCUGCAGAAAAACUCCGAAAAGACGGAUGGCAUCGACCGAACAAAGGUGCGGACGUACAACGUUAAGCUGCGAUUGAAGAAAAGCCAUCUGUACAAAUGCUUCGACUGUGGCAAUUGUUUUGCGAAUCCAGACUUUCUGGAACUGCACGAGAAGUCGCACACCGAGCAGGGCAAGUGCAAUAUCGAUCUGGGCCAGGAACCGGUGGAUGGCGAGAUGAAUCUGAAGCAGAACGCUUGGUUCGUUGGCGACUUCGAUGAACACGAUCGAGACGACGAUGGAGAGCAUUUUGUGCAGCUAGACUGUACGGUCGAGGAGGGUGAGGACAUCUUCGACAUUACGUUCGAUCGUACCAAGUGCGAAAAGACGUACACGAUGAAGUACAAGGUGAAGAAAGAACCGGUGGGAAAGUGCGAAUACUGUGCGAAGCAGUUCUACUCGGCGGAGUGCUGGAAGUUGCAUGAGCUGGAGCAUGAAAAGUUCCUCGAUAUCACCAGUAUGGAACCAAGCAUCAAUAUUAUGCAGUCGCCCAAAAUAGAGGAAAGCACCAUGACACUGGAUGAAAGUUUCUACGAAGGGCUCGAUGUCGGCGACAUUCUGGAGCGUAGUAGCGGCACCAUCGAUUGUAUGGCUGAUGGGCGGCUCGCUGCCGGCGCAGGCAUAACCUUGGAGUAUCGCAUUAUUCCCCGUCGAUCAUUCAGUGCCGAUAAGGAGACGGAUCAGCCGAAAGAUCGUCAAGGGCAGAAGCGUCCAGCCAACGGAGGGGAGGAGGAAUCAGGUGCACCUAAAAAAGUCAAUCAAUCCGUGUGCCAACCGACAGUGAAUCUGAAGGAAGAAGUGUUGGUCAAGGAGGAACCCGUCAGUGUCCAACCGAUGAUCCACGCGGAGGAGACGGUCCAGUCGAAUCAUUGUCAAGGACAAAAGGAUCCAGCCAACGUAGCAGUGGAAGAAACAGAUGCAGCUAAAUUAGUCAAUCAAUCCUUGUGCCAACCGACAGUGACUGUAAAGAAAGAGGUAGAGAUUAAAGAGGAACCCAUUUCAGAAUCGAUCAGCGAAGAGGUUGAGCAGGUUAAAGUUAAAACUGAAUCAAUGGCAGAAGACCACCAGCCUCCAGCCAUGCAAAUGCACCUGGAGCAAGAGCACAAGUGUGCAGUUUGCUCGAAACGAUUCCGUCUCCGGAUAGCACUGCUGGUGCACGAACAAACGCACGACAGGACCCGUCCUUACAGUUGCCAGCAUGAGGAUGAAAGGUUACCGUUUCGUAAGUAAACUGGAACCUUGCAUCGUAAUACCAUUUGCAAACACUUUGAGGACGAUCUCUUAACGUUAUAGUGUAGCUACAAGAAUCGUUUUUUCCAUGUGUUUAGAGCAGUGUAAAUAGGCUUACAACGAACUAAGGGUGGGCCUUGGACGUUUCGAUAUUCUAGGUGGAGUUGAUGUUGUAGGAGGUUUUGAAACAUUCAGUAGCGUAAAUCGUCGUUUUUCGUCUUCACAGCAGCACAAAAUAAUACUCACGCUUUUCUGCUUUUUAUAUUUUCGUCAUUUCGUAGCGAAUAAAUAAAUCCAUUUCAAUAGA